GUCAGAUGGACCAGAUGUGUUAAGUCCUGGAAAGGAGGCUCAAAAAGACGAUAUUCUCGAAUCGUUUGGCGCCAUAUUUUCUCUGACCAAUAGGAGUCGGGUACUCCGUAUUUUGGGCCUGUGUGCGUGUGCGUGCGGUUUGUCCUGUUUGCCCCGAUUGUUUGUGUAAUUUCGCGCGCUUUUGUGUCGCCUGACGUCCUGGAGUCUUAUCCGAAAGGACCAACGAAAAAAAAGAGUGAAAGGAUUUGAAAGGCGUGAGAUUUGCGGCCAACUGCUGGACGACUGCCAGCAAACUGAAAUCUUAAUUAGCUAUUUAAUGGCAGUUGGCAGACAACAAAGCCCGCCAGUGCAACAUCCACAUCAGCAACAGCAGCAGGAACUGUAACACAACCAAAAGCCGAUCAGCAAGCCAUUCAGCUUUGAGUGUUUUAUGGUGCUCGAGUGGCAGCAACAGCCCUAACAACUAGCAACAAGAACCUUGCCCACCUUGGCCUGGGGCACGAAGUAACAAGGAAACAAAGCAAUAAAGAAAGAUGGCCGGCGGGGGCAGGACAGCCGGCAAAUACGGUUAUUCGGACAACAAUUAUUACAGUGGUCACUCGUACAAGAGCAUCAACGAUGAGAUUAUACUGGUCAGCAUCAUAAUGGGGAUUACCAUAUUGGUGCUCAUUACCAUCGCCCUGUGCUACAUUGCGUACGAGAAGUGCCAAAAGAAGCGGGAGUACUACAUCAACGCCUAAAGGACAUCCUUCCGGGAAACUGGACAACUGGGAUGUGGCGGUUCCUUUGCUUCAUUUUCUCUUUUUCCUUUGUUUUAAUCACAAGAGGGGCUUUUUACCUUUUCCUGUGCCACAUUGCGUAUGAGUAAUUUCAGGGAAAGUUGAGUUUUUAUACAGAGACGUAUUACAAAAUUCGGGUUACAGCUUUUUUAGCUUUAUUUUAGCUUUA